CGCGACUGCACUGACACACCAACUCGUGAGUGCAAGAAAGUGUCGGACUUGCCGAUAAGAAAGCCCGAACAGUCCGAAGGCUCUGAUUCUGGAGACCCGAAACCUACAAAACCAAAAAGCUAUAAAAUUUUAUCACACAAAAAGCCUUCAUCAGAGAAAGUAUACGAGGCAGGUUCAAGUGCAGGCAAUCAACCGAGUGAUGUUCUUGAAAUUCCUGACGCCGUUGUCUGUAUUGAAGAAAACUUAGCACUGGAGGAAAGCGAUGUGAUGUGUGUAGAGAAUAUUUCUAAGACUUCAAGCGAUGAUGUUUCGAUGAGCACUACAGCAGAGAAGAUGAAGGAUGUUGCUCAAGAAACAUCCCCAGCCUUGAAUGAUGACGAUGGUCUCAGUACAGAUCGUGAAACGAAUGUUGCUACUGAAAAGACGACCACUAAUACCGAUAAAGAAAAUUAUGAUUUGGACGAUAAUUAUCACGUACAAAACCUUCUUCUUAAUGUUGAUGAAGGUAAGGCCGCCGAUGUUGCUGACGAAGAUGUUACUGAUCCUACGCCUGAUAGAGAUAAGACGAUUUGUACAGACGAUGCUACGAAUUCCCUAAUACAUGUUACUGAUCCCACAUCUGAUCUAGAUUCAAAUAUUUAUAAUAAUGAGACGACAAAUAGCGUAAAAGAAGAUGAAGAAGUUGCUGUUCCAUCGUCAAUUAUAGAUUCAAGUAUUGAUAAAGAGGAUGGGACGGAUACCAUAAGAGAUAUUUCCUCACCUGAUGAUAUAGAUCCCAAUAUUGUUAAUAAUGAGACAACUAUUACCACAAACAAAGAUAAGGUUUCUGAGCACAAAUCUGACCUAGAUCUGAUUGUUGUUAAUGAGGCAACGAAGACAGCAAGCGAAGAUUUUACCGAUCCCUCCACAGUUCUAGAUGAGAGUAUUGCCAAUGAUGAGGAAACAAAUACUAUGAACGAAGAAGACGCUACGGUAAGAGAAGAAGAUGAAUCAAUUAUUACAACAUACGAAGAUAUUAGCGUUCCCUCACCAGAUGCAAAUGCUGGCGGUGACUCUAAUGCAGCUUAUGGAGUAAUUGAUCAGUUAAUUCUCGAGACUGUCAGGCCAAUGGAGAUCUCGUGUGUUGACGAAGUAACCGAAACUGUAAAAGAUCGUCUGGAAGUGGAAGGAACUGAUGCCAAUGCAGCUGAACUGGAAGAAGAUCGGGCGUUUUUGCGGUGCUACAUCGCGGAGGCGGCAACGCGUCUGCAGGAGAAGGCAGAACUUCGCGCCACAAACUCCGCUGCUGCUAAGGAGCGCUCUGAGCUACCAACCGGCAAGCUUGACUCCAGUCUCAAGAAAAACACCGCAUUCAUCAAGAAACUUCGUAACUUCACCGAGUCUCAGUACCAGAGCCUGAGCAAGGAAGCUCUCUCACUGAACUUGUCCCGCUAUAUCGGCGAGGCGGCGAACGCGUUACUCGAGUGCCGACUUAAGAUGACUGAUGUGCACGCGUGUGUGCUGCUGUGUUCUGCGCUGCACCAGCGAUACGCUGAAUUCUCACCGGCUCUCUUAUCUGGCUUCUCUAAAGUUCUGAAAGAAAAGCCUAAUGAGAAGGUGAGCAACCUGAGCAAGCUGCGCGUGGACCUCCGCUUCUUCGCUGAGCUCACCGCCGUCGCCGUGUUCUCGCAGAAGGAGGGCCUGCCGCUGCUAGAAGGUGCAAUGGAAGAGGAGGUCCCGCGCAGCAACUUCCUCUCUACCGACCGACAGAAGAACGUGCGGCAGCUCAUGCGUGACUACUACAUGUCGCUCUCCCAGCACGUCGUACUCCAGUAUAAGUUGAUCCAGCGCGAGGAGCGCCACAACAGACGGCUGCUGGAGACGCGUGGCGAGGUGGAGGAGGCGCGUAUGGCGGCGGUGGCCACGGAGGUGGCGGUGCUGGAGAAGCUGCAGCAGCAUGCCGCCGCAAUGGCCGACUAUCUUCAGGAGCAGCUCCCACAACUACCACAACUUCCUAAAGAUGGUCGGGAUGAGGAAGAAGGCGGGCUUGUGCUGGACGAGGGCGGCACAAUAGGCAGCGCGGCAGCUGUAAACGUCGGCCACGUCUGGGAGGAUGAAGAUGACAAGGCCUUCUACACCAGCCUGCCUGAGCUUAAGGCCCUCCUGCCAUCCAUUCUCUAUGCAGAGUCGGAGAAAACACAGCCGCCAAGCGAUGAGAGCCAUAAAGACGCUGAGAAGCUUGGCGACGAGGAUGAACUCUUGGAUACUGAAGAAGAAGAAGUGGUUGAUGCCAGCGAAGCUGCUGAGAAAGAAGAAGAAGAGGAGAAAAAUGAAAAUGAAAACGACGAGAAAGGUGGGACAAUUUCGAACAAGGCGGCCUCCCAGAGAUUGCUCUUCCAAGACUUCCUGAACACCUUGCCCAAGUGUAUCAACAGAGAGCUUAUUGAUAACCUCGCUUUAGAAUUUUGCCUUCAGUUCAACACGAAACCUCUAAGGAGAAAACUGGCCAGGGCUUUGUUUCUGGUACCGCGUCACCGUCAGGAUUUGCUGCCGUUCUACGGCCGUCUUGUGGCCGCCCUUAAGCCGCUCAUGCCGGACCUGGCCCACGAUCUCAUAGAGAGACUCAAGAUGGACUUCAGAUACCAGCUCAGGAAAAAGGACCAAAUCAACUUGGAUAGCAAGCUGAAGGUGUGUCGCUUUAUUGGCGAGCUGCUGAAGUUCGGCAUCCUCCCGGCGUCUGAUGGCCUGCAGUGUCUGCGUGUGCUGCUGGCAGACUUCAAGUAUCAUCAUGUCGACAUGGUCUGUGCGCUACUGGAAACCGCCGGUCGCUACCUCUUUAGAACUCCUGCCACGCACCACCGCACCAAAGUUCUGCUCGAACAGAUGAUGCGGAAAAAGACUGCACUCUCAUUUGAGCCUCGAUACGAUACGAUGAUCACCAACGCGUAUUACUACGUGAACCCGCCGGAGCGCAGUCAACUGGCGGCGGUGGCGCCCCUGCCGCCCAUGCAGCAGUACAUUAAGCACCUCAUCAUCGAGCGUCUCAACAAGUCCUCGGUUGAGAAAGUUCUUCGACUGUUAAGGAAGCUGGACUGGAAGGACCGCGAGACAGCGGACUAUUGCCUGCGCCGCCUCUCUUCUCCCUGGGAAGUCAAGUUCCUGAACAUACGCUGCCUCGCUAACCUCGUCAGCGGCCUCGUCCUAUAUCACGACUGGAUAGCUCCUGCGGUCGUAGACAACGUGAUGGAGGACAUCAGAAUUGGUCUUGAAAGCAACAGGCCUAGUCUCAACCAGCACAGAAUUGCUUCAGCCAAAUACCUCGCUGAACUUUACAACUAUAAGGUCAUCGAAAGUGCCAUCAUCUUCAAGGUCCUCUACUGCCUGAUCAGUUUCGGCGCGGGUGUUAGCAGCGAGGAGCUGCAGCAGGAGCUUGAUCCUCCAGAGCAGCUACUGCGCCUGCGCCUCGUGGUUACCAUCCUGGACACGUGCGGGGCCUUCUUCAGCUCAGGACACAGCAAGAGAAAACUCGACUGCUUUAUUACCUAUUUCCAGUAUUAUUACCACUACAAGAGGUUGCUGUGGUAUGCCAGCGACAGCUUCCCGGCGGAGUACGACCAGGUUGUGCGCGAGUGUCUAUCCGCCCUGCGUCCAUCUCUCGUACUUUUCGACAGCUUCGAGCAAGCGGCCGAGGCGCUCACUGUUCUUAACCAGCAGCUUGUGAGCAAAGCUCUCAUGCAAGCGCCUGAGCUUCGUGAGUUCUUCCCUGACCAAGGAGACAGCUCAGGACUCCCCACCAUCGCUGAGCAUGCAGAUGAUGUGGACGACGAUGAUGACGAAGAUGAUCGGGAUCGUGGCUACGAAGACGAAGAACGCGACGACGGCGCGGGUGCCACGCUCAGUGACGGCGACGAGGAAGACGAGUCUCAACGAACACAGGUAGGAAUUUUCCAGCCCUAAACUACAAGAGCAGUCCUAUCAAAAAUAGUUAAAUAGUUUAAAAUUUUGCCCGCUAUUCACUAACGGCAUUCCGAGUUGAGCCCCUCAAAUAGAGACCAAAAAUCGGCUGCUACUUGUACUUAGGCCGCUACUUGU